AUGGCUCCUCUCCAAGUUCUCUCAGUCUUUGUAGCAUCUUUUAUCUUCAUGCAAACUCUGGGAAACUCUCAGAUAUGCCCGGGUUGUUUCACUCGGUCUCGUGCAGCUCACUAUCCAAAUUCAGAAGAAAAAGGAACAGAAACUGGGAGUUGUGAAUUCGGUACUUUUGGAGCAACAAUCAAUGGCGGAGACGUGUCAGCAGCAUCAGAACUCUAUCGGAAUGGUCUAGGAUGCGGUGCAUGCUACCAGGUGAGGUGCACCAAUAGUAACUACUGUUCUGAUAAAGGAGUGACUAUAGUUAUAACAGACCACGGUUCAGGCGAUCGCACAGACUUUAUUCUAAGUCAGCAAGCCUUUGCUCGCAUGGCUCAGACGACAGAUGCUGCUGGUUCUCUUUUGGCACUUGGUGUGGUGGAUAUCGAGUACAGAAGGGUCUCAUGUACCUACCCAGACAAAAAUAUUACAAUCAAGAUUGAAGAGAGCAGCAACAAUCCUCAUUACUUGGCUUUUGUGAUAUGGUAUCAACAAGGCAAAAGUGAUAUUACAGCUGUGCAACUAUGUGAGACAGAGAAUUUUGCAUGCAAGCUAUUGGACAGGACACAUGGAGCAGUGUGGACUACUACUUCGCCUCCGAGGGGACCUUUACAGAUCAGAAUGCUAUUGAGUGCUGAUGAUGGAGAUGAGACAUGGGCUGUUCCUGUCAAUAACAUACCUGAAAACUGGAAAGCUGGUGACACAUACGACUCAGGAAUACAAGUAGAUGCAUAAACACAAAGGACUCUGUUGCUAUUUGAUUAACUUCGUUACUAUAUAAGUUUAUAGGCUCUUCCGUGGUGUUACUCUGUGCUAGCUGUCAUUCUUAACUGCUAGUAAAUAUAACCAAUAAAAGGAUCCAGACUCAAUUAUGUAAUUUCAACAAAUAAAGUUUAUGUUUUGUAGCAAUUUUUAAUAUUGAUUCAUGACUGGAAAUUAAGAAACACAGAACUUGCCCACA